UUCAAGGAAUGAAUAUACGAAAUCUUAUCUUUUUAUCAGUCUUGACACAUUUCACCGCUGCUUUCUUAUGCACAGAAGAUUGGGAACUGCUGAAUGUUAAAAGUGGCCCAGUUUGUUGGGCGCUACUCGAUGUCCCAAAUUUUGACUCCAAAUUUAGCUUAGCAUCUAAAGUUUGCGAAUCAGCGGGAGCCGACGUGGCUACCAUUCACAAUUGGGCGGAAAGAUCAGUUUUUACAGACUUAACAAAUCGUGUGACGGAACCAACAUUAACAUGCUACAAAUCAUCCCAAUUUUCUAUUGAAGGACAGUUUAAAACUAUAGAUUAUGAAAAACCACCGGAAUAUUUGCGAAUUCUCAAUGAAAAAGGAAAAAUACGACUAAGUAAAGGAAUUAAACGGGGGGAUCGAAUCUCAAUCAACUUUGCAUUCAAAGCAAGAACAAAUUUGAAUGGCGUGAAUGAGUUAACGGGAGAGAUUAGAAUUGGGAAAAAUAGUUCUCAUUACUCAAUUAACAUCAAGUGCACAUUACAAAAUUCCUCACCAACAAAAUUAUGCGAGUUGUCUCAUCCGAACUUCAAGCGCCGUCAUGCAGUUCAAUUUUUAAAAGAAGGAAUGGAGAAUCAUUUAACUGUUAAAUACUUUGGUAGAGUUAAUCUUGACUUUCAUGGAAAUCGUAUUAAUUUAUGGGACACAGAGUUUAUACUUCCUACCGAGUAUUCUUAUGUUGGUAUGGACGAAAUAUCAAUUGAGAACUUCAUUGUAAACCGUGUGGAGCACUCGAAUAAUUGUCAAGGAAUGGACGAAUAUGAAUUUGACAGACAGAGUAUUUCAGUGGGAACUUUACCAAGUAUCUUAUUGAAAGACGAAAAUAUUCCUGUUCCUCGACGAACUCUCAACACUAGCACCUACGUGAUUCCUGAAUAUCGACUGGACUACUACGAUUUUGAAGGGAGUAAUUCGUUUUUGUAUGAUAUUCGUCUUUCUCAAGAUCCAAGCAUCGCAGGAAACGUGGCCAUCGUAUUUUGGAAUAAGAAGUUGAAACAAAUAAUUUUGAAACUCACACUAACAUCCAAACGUAUCAAAAUAGAAGCACCAAAUGAACACGGACUCUUGGUUGAGAAACUACGGAAGUUAGAUAUAAAUACAAAAAUAUGUCGUGGAAGAUCAUUAGAUUUUCGGUUCAAGACAAUUUCGAAAUCAAGCUCUAUGGAUUUUUUCACGACAGUCUCGGGUUUGGAAAAAGAAAUGAAUGAAGCCAAAUUAGAACUUCUGAACAUAAAUUUCGAUGAGAUUCGAUUUUUUUCUGACAAUGGAAAUUUCUAUGAAGUGAAGAUGAACCCUCUGGAAGAAGUUGUGAUGACGACGUGCAAUUAUCGGAAAAUCAAAUAUAUCGAUUCGAGUGAAACAAUUCCAUUUCUCGAUACUUGCUACCGGAAACGACGUAUUUUGUGCCAAAAAAGAGCUGAGAAUGCCGUUGAUAAGACUAUUUUGAAUGAACCGAAGGAAAAAAGUGUAUGGAAAGAGAAAAUCAUAGAAAUUAUUCAAACUACUCCGGAGACUAAGAAAAUUGAGAAAAAAGUAGAGAAAAAGAAAGAAAGGAAAAUUAAGGAAGAAGUGAAAGAGGUUCAAAAAGAAAAAAAUCAGAUAACCGAUUUUGGCGAGUUUUAA